AUGAGGGACAGAAACAUUCGCUUCUAUCUGGCUGUUUUCUUGUUACUGGCAUUCUUCAUUCACAUCUUGAACAAACGCUAUGGCGUGUUGGAGGAAACAGGCCUGACACUGACAUCCAACGUUAACACGCUCGCCAGCUUUCGCCACCAAGGGCCAACAUGCCGAAUUUCCUCCCUGGACCUAUACGAGGCGCGCAACCAGCGAUGUCGGACCCGGAACUCGAUGCUCGAGGCCAUGUCCACGGGCGGCCGGGUCGGCAGGGAUGCCCCGUACACGGCCAAGGGCUGUGACAUGAUCUGGUACUCGACAAAGGAGGUAUGUCAGAUUUUGGGCCGCUUCUCACAGGUCAUGUUGGUCGGCGACUCCAUGUUGCGCCAUAUCAUUGGGGCUCUGAACAUCUUCAUUCGUGAAGACCUAGGAUAUGGAGCUGUCACGGACUGGAACUUUAGCAAUGAAGAAAGGCAGAACUGUUUUUGCUUGAACCAGUUCAAUGUCAAGACGUGCUCGGUUCAAGGUAUAUACAAGACAUCAGAUGUCCUGACGCACGAUCCGGAAAGCCUAGCAUGCCCGAAGCUCAUUCCCGGCUGGAAAAUGGAUCUGUCCAUCGAGCAAAUCAAUCGCUUUCCCAUCCCGCCCGACGAGCUCGCACGCCUCCGAGCCAGCGUUCAUGCAGGUCAGCCGGCCGCGGUGAGGCCGCGGCCUAGAGCGUUCAUACUCGGUCAAGGCUUGUGGAACGACCUCGAGGUGGAGGAUUCGAUCCAUUGGCUCGAUGCCAUCCUGGCCGUCAUCAACCGCAACGCUGAGUACCAGAUUCCGACCCUGCUCGUCACACCCAACGCCGCGGGCAAAGACAAGCCUGACAGGUGGAUCGCGACGCAGGGCAACGAGGCACUGGCCCGAUUUGAGGAGGCCAUGGCCGAUGCAGCAAAUAAGCAGGGGAUCGAUCAUCUGGGAACCUGGAACAUGUCCAUCCAAGCCACAUUAUACGAUGGAGUACAUCUCGACAUGAGAGGAAAUCUUUUGAAAGCAAUGAUGGUGGUCAAUUGGCUUGCAUUUCUGGACGGUUGA